GUAGUAUUAGUAUUAACACAUAGGUUCACAUCUUUACAAAUUCUUAUUACAUAUUAAGUGACCACAGUGACCUUUGACCUCUCUCCUUCAGGAUGACCCUCCCACUCCUCUCCCGAACUCUCUGGGUGUAGUUGCUGGUUGGGGAAUCUCCAACCUCAACUCCUCGUCCCCCGGCAGCGACCCCCCCAUGCUGACCUCUGACCUGGGGAUGACCUCUGACCUCCUGCAGUACGUGAAGCUGCCGGUGGUUCCUCAGGACGAGUGUCAGGCGAGCUAUGCCUCGCGCUCCAUCAGCUACAACAUCACCGACAACAUGUUCUGCGCCGGCUUCUUCGAGGGGGGGCGGGACACCUGCCUGGGGGACAGCGGGGGGGCGUUUGUGAUGGAGGACGGGGUCAGCCGGAGGUGGGCGGUGUUUGGGUUGGUGUCGUGGGGCGGGCCAGAGGAGUGUGGGAGUCAGAGGGUGUACGGCGUUUACACCCGAGUGGCUAAAUAUGUGGAGUGGAUACAGAUGCAUGCUGCCCCGUGGUGGUGAUCACUGAGUACAUUCACUGCAGUACAUGUACUUAUAUAUACUAUAUAUAUAUAUAUAUAUAUAUAUAUAAUAUACUGUAAAAUAUCAACAGACCAACAGAGCCAGUUACUGUUAGUAUCACAAUAUUAAAGUAACUGGAUUACUUUCUGUAACACCCAAUAAACACAAGAGAAAUAAAUAUGAUCAGGAUGACUUUUAGAAACAUUCAUAUAGAAACGGAACAAUGUGACAGGAUCCAAAGAUAAAAGAGACACAGAGUCACUUCUUAAGUUAGCUAAUGUUAGCAAAGCACAAGCUAAUUAGUUAGCAUUUUGCUAACAAUAGCUUACUCAAGCUGUGAGUAUAUCGGUCCCUCCAGAAUAUCGUGGGCUGAUUUUGUGGCAGCCUUUCUAAAACGAUUGCGCUGCAUGCAAAAUUACUGCGAUUGUUUUGUAUAAUUCAUUAAAAAUCGAAGGAAACUGUAGUCUGGUGACUCAGUGGAUCAGCGUUUGUGAAGGAAACUACAAUGUCUCUUUUAUCUUUGAACCAUCUCCAAAAUGUGGUUGUCUUUUCAACAUAGAUUAGCCUAGCAUAGCAUAUUUGAGUACAGGAAAGGAGGAAGUUGUUUAACUGUGAUUGGAGCGCAGAGCUAAAAGGGGCGGGGCUUAGGAAAGGUGCAUGGUAAUACGUCGUUCUUUAUUUUAAAAUUGUAAACCUUCUUAUAAUUCCUAUUUUUACUAAAUGUAUUUGUAAUCUGAUGACUUUAACAGAAUGCAAGUU